CAAGCAUUGCUUUUUAGUGGAGCCCUCGGUUUCCAACAUGAAUUUCUUAAAUUUGUUUUAAAUGCUUAUAAUUGAUUUGUAAUGUUUUGUUGGAAACAUGAAUAAAUUUGAAAUUGAAAUUGAAAUUGAAAUAAUUAUUUGGCUGCUCAGCUACGACCGGAUAAAUUGUUGGAGUGUCAGGAGUGUCACUAUUAUUAUCAUUAUUAUUAUUCUCUUCUACAGAUCAACGGGAUAGGUGCAACAGCUUUUGCCUUUGGUAACUUUGCCACAGUCAUGGCUAUCUCUUUGGACCGUUACCUGACCGUUGUCUGGUCCAACCGCUUCCCUCCUUCAAAGCGUCGCAUCAUCAUGUUUAUCAUUCUAUCCUGGACAUUUCCCAUUGCCAACACCAUUCCUCCUUCCUUCGAGUUAAUCUCUGAUUUCAGGUAUCAUUCUCUUACUCAUCACUGUACACCGGUCUGGGAGGUUUGUCUCUAUUACAUCAUCUGUAACAUCAUCCUCUUUGGUAUCACUGUUCCUGUAAUGGUCUUCUGUUAUAUCGGAGUCUUCUGGACCCUGAGACGUCAACAGCAGGUGCUUCGAUCUUACACCGACGAGAAUGUCGACGAUAGCGAGAAAUGCAAUGACAGCCAUCAGGUGAACAAUCCAAAUAUGUCAUUGGAUAACCUUUCAGGCCAGGGAGGUAAUGUUUCUGAGACCAUGGAAGAGUUCUCAUCGUCAAACCUGGAUGACCCUGUAGGACAUGGGUCGGAGAAAGGCAAGGCCAAUCAGCAAGAGAGGGUGAAGAAGGGGCAGAAGAAGCAGACCGCCGAGCGCAGAUCCCUGCAAAACAAACUCACCACUGACAAAAGAAUCGCGUUGACAGGUAUCCUGUUGGUGAUGACUACCGUGAUCUGUUGGGCGCCUUAUUCCAUCGUACAUUCCUGCUUCAUACCUAUCAACGCGACUCAUGCGUUGGGUGUGUUUACUAUGUGGCUCGGUUAUACCAACGCUCUGCUUGAUCCCAUCAUCUAUUCUUUCAUGAAUAGACGAGUUAGAGCUCGAUACCGUGCGAUGAUGACGAGCUUGAGAAUGACUGUAUGUAAGACUUAGUGAGCUAAUAGUUGUGUUCACACAAAAUCGUCGC